GAGAAUUCAAAUGACACCGCUUCGAGCGAAAAGCUGCAGGGUACUUUCUCUAGCAUAGCUAAGGAUAACAAGAGCGGACUUAAUGUCGGGGACCCGAGCUUACGUACCGACCAGUUUAUGGAUUCCUCCGCUGCCGUCAACGAAGCCCUCCACAUAGCCACCACAACUACAUCUUCUGGUCCAUGUUUAUCUGGGAUCGGACUUAAGCAUGGUGAUAAGACAGUGCCGACCGGCCCGAUUGUGACUACAGCUUUCUCAGGUAUUGGCCCAGCCAACGUCAACUCAGAUACUUUUGCCUCCAACUCUCGACUUAUCAAAGGCGCUGCCAAAGACGGCUGGAAUGACCAAGAGACCCUCCUACUGUUAGAAGCACUUGAAAUUUACAGGGACGAUUGGAAUAAGGUUGCCGAACAUGUUGGCAGCCGCACUCAAGAGGAGUGCAUUCUCCACUUUCUCCGCCUUCCAAUUGAAGACGCCUAUUUAGAGGGCUGUGAUCCCGGCUUGAUGCAGAUGACUGCCCUUGCUGAUGCCAGUCCACCAGGGCUUGGGCCACCCUUCUCGCAAGCCGGUAAUCCCAUUCUUUCUACUGUUGCUUUUCUGGCAGCCGCUGUUGAUCCACGCGUGGCAGCCGCAGCUGCCCAAGUAGCGUUAACUGAAUACGCCCGCCUCCGGGAUGCCGUACCGAUAGGUCUUCUUUCUGAACAUAAGGCUCGCCUCGAAGAAGCUGUGACCAAGGCCUCUGCUUGUGCACCUUCUACGCCUAAUACAAUAUCGGGACAUUCCGCAACUGGUGCGGCACACGCUGCUUCUGUGCCUAGCUCACUGAUUUCUUCCGCAUCUGCCAGUUUAGAAGCAGCUGAACAGGAAAAAGAGACAAUUGUGGCAAGGCCUGUCAGCAAAGAACCUUCUAACUAUACAGAAAAGUCAGCAUCUGAAUGUGCUAUCAAGAAACUUGAUGAAAAGAAUGGCGAUAAAAAGAAGAAACUUACUAAGUCAGCUAAGAAGAAGAAAAAAUUAGGCAAGCAUUCAGCUAAAAUGGGAGAAUUAGAUGCAGAAGUGUUAUCUGGCGUAACUUCGAAAACGGGAGUGGAUGGCAAAGGAGUCGACACUGGAGAUGAGGAAAUGAAAGAAGCGCUUUCAAAGAAAGGGGAAGAGGAAGAGGAGGAAGAGGACGAAGGUGAUGAAGAAGAAGAGGAUGAGGAUGAUUACGAUGGGGAGGUCAAAGAAAAGACAAAGGAAAUAGAUAAAGAUCAGCCUGAAGAAAUUGUGGAAAAUAUCUCUCUCACUGACAGAGCGACACUUGGUAAGCUUGAGGAAGAUGCUGAUCAAUUAGAAAUUACUCAAAACACGACACGCAGCUCGGCUGGUAAAGCACAUUGUGAAUCGAAGGCGAUUAUCGGUCGAAUUGAGCGCACAGGUGUCAUGGGAAGUACUCCUGAUGAAGCAGCUACAACAGGGAGGACCUCGACUCCAACCACAACAUCGUCUGGUGUUGUUGGUUCAUCACCUAGCUCAAGCUUGAUUGUUCAAUCAAUUGAAGCCAGAAGGACUGUAUUACCACCAAAUCCGGAUAGCCUAGGUACUGCGGCAGCUUGUGCCCUUGCUGCAGCUGCAACAAAAGCUCGUCAUCUUGCCAGUGUUGAAGAGAAACGAAUCAAAGGACUAGUGGCCCAACUUGUGGAGACACAGUUGAAGAAGUUGGAUAUUAAGCUAAAACAAUUCCAGCGAUUUUUCACGUGUACAAUGAUAGCGUUCAUUUAA